GUCUUUACGUUUCUCAAACGCAACUCGAGGUACAUGAGGAAUCAGGACGCACGGCUACAGCAGAGAAAAUUAUUAACUACGAAAGACGGAUUAGAAACAGUUUAGUUUCUCUUGACUCUGUGUUUCGAAAGAAUUCUAACUGUGUUUUAAGCUUUUAUCCAGACUUUAUUUCCAUGUGUUUGAAACCGACCAUCGAAACCUUCACUUGUGAGAUGUCUGUCGGAGAAGCAAAUAUGGAUCCUGAAAACGUCGUUUUAAAGCCGCAGAAACGAAAGAAAUUACGAAGACUUAAGAAAAGGAAGUAUUUUACUCCUCUGGGUUUCGACUUAAUGCAGGAGAACGGGAGACCGAUGAAGCAAAGGAGAACAAAAACCGCCGCGCCUCAGAAUACCACGCAAUUCAUCAUGGAGGAUAAGGAGGUGACCGAACCGUUUUAUGUAAUUUCUUCUCCUUCCACUUCACCAGUUAGUCACUGUACAAGUUCUCCAGGGUCAGUACGAGGUUCACCUUUAUCGGACAGAGACUUAGCUUUCGAUUCUACUGAAGAAGAUCUCGUUCGCGAUUUCGAGGACCUUGAUUUCGAUUUGGAUUUUUUCCAAAAAGAUUUCGAAGCCACAUACAAUCGUAUUCAGGAGGAAAGCUUAUUGGAGCUCUCUAAAAUCGAACUUGUUAAUAAGUUUAGAGAGCUUGAAGGAAAAGGAGAGAUUCUUCAAAAACGUUGUGAGGAAAUUGGAAGAGUCGGCACUCAUGGACAGCAAAAGUCAUCUACGGCAAAAAAUUCGUAUGUUGUAUCACCAAACGCUUUUCCCGCUCCUGCCGAAAAAUCACAGGACGAAAGUACUUUGCUUUGUUAUCUGGAAGAGUUACGGCGUGAAAAUAAAUCAUUGGUGGAAGAAAAUUUGAGAAUACUAAAGCAUGGUCUGGAAUUUUGCGAAGAUUUUGAAACGUUUGGUGAUGUGUGGUGCACUUGGGUCAUGAAUGAUACCAGUGGCAUUGCCUGUGGAUUACACCACACACUCCAGAAUUAAAGGACAACUGAUACUUCCUUCCUAUCAGCUGAGUGUUGGUGGAUGGAACCUGGAGUGUCCAUUACCCAAACAACACCUGCUGCUCAGAAACAGCUAAGUAUGAUCUUGCUGUUGUUCUCUUGGAAGUGGCUCUUCCGUAAUGGGUAGUGGGUUUAUCUGAAAAAGGGACCUUGGUUCAUUUGAAAUUGUUUGUAUGUGAAAUCCCGUUCAAAACUACCCAGUCAUGAAGCUUCUGUUGUUUCUCAAUUCCAAGGUCAUGUUAGACAGAACAAAUCUGUGAAUGUGUUAUUAGAAUGAUAACAUUUUCCACUUUCACCUCAUAGCAAGAUAAGUAAAUAUUUGGUCCAUAGUGCAACUUGCCUAGAAAACCCCAUGGAUCUGCUAUCAGCAACUCUAUUAUGUGACAUGUUUAUUUCACAAGGGAAGAACUGAUGGAAAUUUGGCGUGCAGGGAGGGGGUGUUAUUAUGUGAUUGUGCUGUAUUUGCUUUGUUACAGAAUUGGAGAGGGAAGAUUUGGAUAUGCAGCCCUUUGGCAAGAUUGUGUUGAAAUUUUGGUGAAAUAUGACAUUGAUUUACCUCUAAAUGGCCUGUGUUAUCUCUGAAAGAUAAGAAAAAUAAAUGAAACAGUGUUCUUAACUGA